AUGCUGGAUCAUGGCGAUGGCAAUGAUGAGCAUACAGAUAAACGCAAUAAGAUGAAAAUAGAGAUGGCAGAGUGGGAAGAAAAGGAUGAUUUAAGCACAAGAAGAGUAAGUAAGUGGGAAAUUACGCCUAGGACGGCAACACAGUCAAAGAGGUUGAAAUGGGAUCAGACACCGUUGGGAUACAUCAAGAUGGAGGAGGAUGUGUGGAGUGGCGAAGUAAGCAGAAUGAGUGCAAGAUGGGAUACAGAUAAUGCAAGAGCAGUGAGUGCAGUGUACUCUGAAAUGUCUACUAGAGAAAUCAAUAUGUGUCUUCCAAGCAAGGGAUAUAAGAGAUAUGAUGUGGCUGAUGCUGGUAGAGAUGUUUAUGAUGGCAUUGAGAUGGCUGGGCUACCUGAAAUACCUGUGGAGGAGAAGGACUUUUUUAUGCCGAUUUUUAGCCUAGGGAGUGAAAGUGAAGUUAAUGUGUACAAAGGAAUACUGCUUAUGAAGAAUGGAAAUAAAGCCAUGUGUGCACGUGGACUGGCGAUUCUUAAGAAUGUAGAUACUGAGAUAGCGCUGGAAGCUGUGAUCCUAAUGGGGAUGUCAUUGGAACUUGAUGAUGGAGAUAAGAUGAAGCUGGUUGAGAUGCUAAAGGCAUUACUUGAAGGUUUAGACAUGUAUAAAGUAAAGUGUUUGCGAGAGAUUCUGUUUGUGUUGGGAUCGUAUUGCUGGAUCAACCUACCAAGAAAGUUGCUGAUGUCCACUCUAAUGAUGAUUUAUGCAAAUGGAAUUGAAUUUGUAAUAAGUAGAAUUGAAUCUGACUUUUCAAGCAAGGAUUUUCAUAUCAGAGAAGUAGUUGGCAAGGUAAUAGGUACAUUUGCACGAUGUUUUGAAAUGAAUGAAGUACUUGAGCUUCUGAACAAUAUGGGAUCUAGUCAGAAUGUGUAUGUCAGGAAGUGCUGUGUUAGAGCAGUAUUGGGUAUUUGUGAUAUGCUUGGAAAUGAAGUUUCUUUAUAUUUAGGGAUAUUGUUGGAUGUUCUUUGCAUGCUGAUUCAGGAUGGAAACAGGUUUGUGAAGAUGGAUGCAGCAAAUGCAAUGUCUUAUGUGUUUAGUGUAUUAGGUCUGCAGAUAUCUAGUUCGGAUAGAAUAUUCCACUUGCUCAGAGAUGAAUUCGUUAAUUCAAGGAACAUUGAAUCUGAGGCGCUGCUGAAGGCAAUGUCCCAUUUGUGCCAUAACAAUGUGGAGCGUUCCAGAGUUGUGUUUGAUUUUUUGAGAGCAUCUGGAGCAAUUGACACAGGAUGUGCCAGGAUAUUUGAUAAGGUGUGCCUUAUGAUUGAUAAGGAGGAUGCAUUUGAGUAUUUUUGCAAAUUGUUGUCUGUUAUGUUUGACAGGGGCACAAAGGAGUAUGAAAAUGCAAUAAGUGCGAUGUGUGUGAAGAUGUGUGUGGAUUCUAGAGUCACAAAGAUGAUUCUUGCAUACUACAGCGAUCCCUGGAAUGUAAGAUUGGUAUCCAAGAUUUUCAGUAAUGUAGAAAACCUGGAGUUUGAUGUAGAUGAUGCAGACAAAUACUACAGGUGUAUUUGCAGUGCAAUCAGACAGGAUACUGUUAGUGUGAAGCAUGCGCAUUUACUGACAUGUAAGCGCUUUAUUGAGAAAAGACACACUGAAAUGCUUGUUUCUGAAUUUAUUGCAAUGUUGAAGGAUCCUGUAAUAGAUACAAGAAUCAGAGGACUUUGUGUAUUGAGAAAAAUUGCAGGGAUAUUGAGUAAAGCUGAGCUUGUGUUGUGUGGAAAUCUACUGAUGGAGAAUAUUACGGAUGAAAAUCAGGAUGUAUUAUCGAAUGUGCUGAGAACCAUUUGUGUUGUAUAUAAUUGCCACAGGUUCAGGCAUGCUUCUGAUGUGAUAUUGGGGAUUUUACCUGUUAUCAGGACUAAGGAGCAGGGAGUGACAGAAUCUGCUGUUGAGCUCCUCUAUGCCAUUUGUGUAAAUGCACCUGAUGAAUGUGCAAUGGUUUCUAGCAAAGAAUGGCUGAGGAUUUCAUAUGAGCUGAUUGAUGUGUUGUCCUCGUGGAGCAGAAGAAUGAGAAGAAAUGUUAUUGGCUGCCUUGGAUGCAUAUCAAGAAUUGUAGGUCCGCAGGAUAUCCUUAACAUAUUGAUGGAUGGACUUGAGUCUGAAAAUAGAUGCCAAAGAAUCGGUGCGUCUAUUGCGAUUGCAAUUGUAGGAGAAUAUAAUGGAUUUCAUUCUGUCUUACCUACUCUACUGGCUGAUUACAGAAUACCAAGUGUAUUUGUCCAGCAAGGGAUAAUUAAGGCUAUGGAAUGUUUUAUGCAAAGAGUGCCUGAUGUGCCAUGGGAAUAUAUUUAUUCGAUGGUUGCAGUGAUUGAAGACGCAUUGAUGGAUAAGGAUCCAGCAUACAGAAGUGCGGGAAUUAUACUUGUGAAACAUGUUGUGUUGAAUCACAGGAAAGUUAACACUGAUGUGGUUUUUGUUACGCAUUUGUUGAAUAUGGUAUGGAUAAAUAUUCUUGACAGCACACCGAUAGUCAAGGCAUCGUUUGAUGAAUGCAUGGAGGCAUUUUCUGUUGUGCUUACAUCACGGCUUCUAUACACGUAUGUUUUAGGAGGUCUUUUACAUCCUUCAGGCAUAGUCCGGCAGAGAUAUUAUGAAGUGCUUGCAAUAUUAGAGCACUUCGAUAGCACAAGCCUUUCGCAAUCGUACCUUCUAGAAAAUGACUUUUUUAUGCGCAUGUAG